AUGGCUAACAUUGGAUAAACUUUUCAAUUUUAAUAGGUCCAAGCAUAAUCUGAUUAAUUAUAUUAAGCAGGAUUUGCUAUGGAUUAAACAUUAGAUUUAUUAGAAAGAUUUAUGUAAUAAUAAUUAUAUAUGAUUAGAAACAUGUAAAUUUAAUUGAAAUAAGAAUGGUUUGGAUUAAAAUUAUACCUUCAUUAUUUUUCAUAAUGUUUCUUUGAACAUUCAAAGGCUAUGAAAAUGCAAAAUUAAAAUUAAUAAAAUUUGAAUUAACAAUUUAUUUAUUAACUUUCUAAUGCUGAAUAAGGGAUUGAGAAAUAAAAAAGAUAUCAUUAAGUAAUAUAACAAGAAUUGGAAAGACAUUAAUUAAUUUCAUUAUAUCCUGUUUCAGAUGUAACUCCAGAUUUUUAUAAUUAUCUACAAAAAUUGAAAUAAAUUCUAUAACCUAAAGGUGUGUUCUUUUAUUUAUCAGAUAGAAAAUAUUAUGUGGAAUAUUUAUAGUAAUAAUAAUAAUAAUUAAAUUUUUUAGAUUAUUAUAUUGUUUAGAAAGACUAAAAGAUCUGAAUUCAAAUAAAUUUGAAGAUAUAUAUUCUUAAAUUUCUGAUAUCUUUAAGAAUUAAAAGACAGAAUCCGUUAUGAUUGAUUAUCUAAACAAGAGAUAUAGCAAUUGA